AUGCAACGAUUAGCAGCCAAAUUAAUUCAAAAGCAACUUAGGCCAGUUGCCACUUCUCUCCGGCCAUAGUAAGUGUGUUUUUAUAUUAUUUUUUCUUCGAAUUCUAGCUCGUCCGACUAUGUUGAUGUAGACAAAAUCCUGGGCAAAACUUUGCCCAAAGAAGAGAGAAAUGCCUUGAAAGAUAAACUACAGCUGAUCGAAAAGGAUUCUUAUGACGAUGCGAUGCCAUCACAGACGCAGGAACUUUUUGCUGAGACGGAGAGUUUGCUGAGUGACAUAACUGUCAAAAAGGAGACGCAACUUCCCUCUAGGUCCUUUCUGAAGCGUGGAACAUCAAGAGCAAUGGUGGCUUUGAAGCGCGAAAUGUUCUUACGAGCUCAAAGCGUGAGUUUGACAGUUUUAUUCAUUGUUUUGUUUUUUAGGCCAUGUACAAUAUAAAAUUUCCUAUUUUUGAUUUUAGGAUGGACUGUCAGAAGAGGAUGCUCGCAAGUUGGCUGACAGCGUGGUGGAGAAGGCUGCUCGGCAAUAUAAUCUGAAACAAGACUCGGAAUUAGCGAAGCUUCAAGAGGAACAAGCUCAGGAACAGGAAAAAGAGGCAGAAGUUGAUGAAAAACAGCAAAAAAUCUAUGAGAUGGCUGCUGAAUUAUUUGAGUAGGUGUCUUGCAACUUUUUCUUACAAUUGCGGUCUAUGUCAGGCAAACUUCCAAACUUUAUACCAAUUUUUGUCAUGUAUAAUAUAAUUUUUAGACAAAUCUCAGCUCCGGAAACCCAGCAAGCCUCCGGAAUGUUCACAAGAGUUAAAAUUGAGCCUUCAAAGAAACUCCCACGAAUUUUUGGAACUUCCGAAGGGGCUUUGGGCAUUUUUGACGCCGAUAAACUACGUUCAUCCGUUGGUACCUUCUGGAAUUCGAUGGAAGAUGAGAAAGCGACCAUCACAAAUCUCUCAAUGGGUCCGAGGAAUGGAUUUGAGGAGCAAAUUGAAUGGACUGAGGGGGGAAAAUUGUGGCCUUAUCCCAUCAACAAUGAGUACCUGUUGGGUGAUGAAGAAAAGGUAAAAUCUUUACGAAAUCGCCUAGAAUAUUAGUCAAUUAGUUAAAGAAAAACCUGGCUAUGAUUUUUGCGACAUUAUGAACAUCCAAAAGCCUUGAUUUUCUUCAGGUUCACUUCACGGAGCACAUUUUUCUCGAUCGAUAUCUCCAAAAACACAAGCAUCUCCCCAAAAGUGGUCCAGUUGCUCAUUUCAUGGAGCUGGUGGUGGUCGGUCUCUCCAAAAAUCCCUAUAUGACCCUCAAGAAGAAACAUGCGCAUCUGGAUUCGUUCGCCGAGUUCUUCAACACCAAAAGAAUCAAGGAGAUCGAAAAAAUGCAUGCUGAUGAACAAGCAGCUACACUUUGA